AUGUGGACAGUAUUUGGCUCAACUGCUCUUCAUCUUACCUGGCGUAAAAUGGAAUACAAGGAACAUAAGGAAAAGACACAGCACAAAAUAAAGGUAUUGCAGGAAAUUGUGCAGACGUUGGAAAGAGGAGGGGUGGUUGAUGAUAACCUGCGGAACGAAAUAAAGACUGUGUUACGAAACGAAACCUCCUUGUUAAGAGACGAAAAAGAUGAUGAAGAAGAGGAAGAAGAAAAAGAAAAAAGUGUUUUAGUGAAAUUACUCGAGUCUUCUUCACCAAAGACAGAACCGUCUUUAGAAAAGGAAGUGACAUCUGAAGAAACAAAAGAGGAAGGAAAAUGGUUUGAACAAAAGACACCUGUUUAUUUAUAG